AAAGGCUGUUCACUCAUUUCGAGCUGCGUCUAUUCUACUUGCCUCUCUCUCACUUAUUCAGCGCGCCGACUUCGACCAUCAUAACCUCUGCGCGUUCAGUCCUCCUUUAAUCAACCUUGACCUUCACACUUACUAUCGAGUCUCUCUUUCACUCAACAUCAGCUUCGUUGGUAAGCAUCUCUUUCUCCAUCCCCAUCACUUCGGUCUGAUCUGCGCUAAUUACAUACAGACAUCAUGGCAAGCACUAUGACUUCGGAUCCGAAGACCAUCGUGCCUGUUAUUGUCACAAUCACUGACAGCCACGACGUUGUUCUGCGCGUCACUGAAUACGACAAUUCAGGGAAGGUUGAUAAGGACGGCAAGUACAAGAUCAAGACGAUCGUCGACUUCCAAGCUACUCGCCAGAAUCUGAUCGAUGUUUCACCUGUCUUUAAGACACUCUUGACCACCCGCAACUUCGCCGAGGCUGGCCAGUACAUCAUCAACCUAAAAGAACAUGUACCUGAAGCAAUUGAAGUCAUCCUCUGCGCCAUCUAUGGCAAAGACAGUGUUUGGGAGGCUUCUGCUACUGGUCAGGAAGUCGCUUUACGUACUCUGAAGCUCGAGCCUAUCUAUCUCUGGGAGGUUAUGGACUCUAACCAUUCAUUCAUGAUCGAGUUCCACAACCUGGAUGCUUGGUUUACUCUUUGGUACAAGAGCGUUGGUCUUCGCUUUGAUGCUGAUGUGAUGAUGUAUCCUUGCUUCCAGUUCCGCCAUGCGGAAGGCUUUCUCAGAGCCACCAAGGCGAUGGUGUACCACUAUCAUCACAUCAAGGAACGCGGCAACAGCAAGCACAACGAUCUAUGUCUGCCUCCCCGUGUACUUCGUAAGUUCCACCGCGAGUUAUACUUAUCGAUUUUCUGAUUACUAACCUUGAGGCAGAGCAAGUUCGUGCAGCACUGGGUCGCGUCAAGACCGUACUCACAAAUGAGAUAUGGUUCAUAAUCGACAAAAUGCUACUGAGCGCUUUUUGCGGCUGCAAAGAGAGAGUUCUGUUCGCGUUUCAACUCGCUCUCAAGAAGACUGAAGGUUUCCCCAUUGACAGAGCUUGCCAAGGAGAUUCCAUCCAAAAUGUCAUCCGCAAACUCCAGACCUUCGACAAGCACUUCAAGCUGCCAGCAGACUGCUGCCGCGAAUGUCGCAGAAACUGGUUCGCACUUGUGAAGGGGCUCUGCCGCGUCGGU